GGCAGGCGGCUGGCGGAAACUCUGGAGGCCAUGGUGCCCUCCGCUCUGCGCAUCCUACUGGGCGCCUUCUUCACGCUCACUGGGGCUGCCAAGCUCUCCCCACUGAUCUCGGCUCCCAUGUCUGGGCAGAUGAAAGCCCUGUUUGUACAGUUUGCUGAGGUAUUCCCAUUGAAGAUAUUCGGCUACCAGCCAGACCCCAUAUGUUACCAAGUGGCUGUGGGAUGGUUGGAACUGCUGGCUGGGCUGCUGCUGGCUCUGGGCCCCCCGAUGCUGCAAGAAAUAAGCAACUUGCUUUUGACUCUGCUUAUGAUAGGGGCUGUCUUCACUUUGGCAUCUCUGAAGGCAUCACUGAGCACCUAUAUUCCAGCCGUCACCUGCCUGGGGCUCCUGCUGCUGCUGGAUAGCUACCAUCUCUUAGUCUAAACUAAGAAGAAGAUUCCAAGUACAUUCAAUGAAUACCAGGAGUAGAGUGGCCUUUUCCUCUGCUUACUAUGCUUCUGUGAUAGCAGGAAUGUGGUAGAAUUCAUAGCAUCUGCCACCUGUUUACACAUAUGCGCAGGGUCAAAUACAGCCAGUGUUGAAAUGACAUUUUGUUCAACUGGCCCUGGUUUCCUCCCUGUGACAUUUGCUACUUUUUUUUAAUGGGCACAUGUUACACAUGGUAACAUCCCACAUGUCAUGUGAAACUAGACUAUAAAAAGUUUAAAUCACCAAAACUUUCAGUGUUCCAAAAGAACUAUUUUCCAUUACUUUUGCAACUGUGCCUUUGACCUUUU